AUGAUGGUGACUAAACAAUCGUUGAGAAACCAAAUCGAAUCGAAGGAUCAGAUAAUUCAUAACCUUGAGGAAAAAUGCAGAAUAAAUAAUCAAAGAAUAAAAACGUAUAAAGAUCAGAUUUCGAAUUUAAAAGAGGGUAUUACUUUCUCCACUGUUGUUUCACUGAGAUCAUUGGUGAACAGCCAGAAAGUAAUCAUCGAGAAGCUAAGAACCAAAGUUCAGAAUCAGACAAAGGCCUUAGCAGAUUUAAACAGGUGUAUGAAAGAGAAGAAUAGUUUAUUAUAAGACAAAAUGAAAUAACAAACAGAUAUCUAAAUACAAGAUUACAAGCAAUGACGAAACAACUCCAGAAGAUUGAUACUUUAAACACUUCGGUACAAAGGAAGGAUAUUCAAAUAGCUCAACUUAAGGCAGCCCUCUUGGAAGAACAAAAUAAGAAUAACAAAUUUAUGGUAGAAUUAGAAGAAGACCUGAAGAUAAAGCAAAAGCAGAGCCAAAUUUUUGAACUAAAUGAAACUUUAUGAAAAGCUUUAAAAGAAGAUCUUCCUAUAAACAAAGACUCCGUCGAAACCCAAAAUUUAGAACAUCUGGUGUGUAAAUUACAGCUUAAAGUCUUCGAACUUGAGGAGCUUGUUUCAGGUGGACAAGUUCCAACUUUUAAGGAUCCUUCAAAAGAUUUUGGUCCAAAAAUAGCAAAGAUAAAGUCUCACUUUGAAUGUCCUAUUCUGCUUGAAGAAAUCGAAUCCCCUGUGAUAUGCCCUUCAGGCCACACCGUCGAUCUCAAAGUCUAUGAGCAAUUGGUUAGAGAUGGAAGGAAGGAUCCGUUCUCUGGGGAGAAGUUGGGAGAUAAGGUUGUUGUUAACAGGUUCAUGAUGACUGCCAAAGAAAUCAUUAACCCAUCCAAUAAUGUAUUAAAAGAUCACUGAAAGGACCAUUAA